AUGAUUGAUCAAAAUCUAUCUAUCUAUCUAUCUAUCUAUCUAUCUAUCUAUCAUAUAUUCAUAUCUAUCCAUUUUAUCUAUCUUUAUCCCAUGUUUAUAUAUAUAUAUGUGAAAAAUCUAUCUAUCUAUCUAUCUAUCUAUCUAUCUAUCACCUAUCAUUCAUCUAUCCAUAUUCUGUGCACUAUCUAUUCAUUAUCAUCUAUCUUUAUAUCUUUCUUUCUUUCUUUCUUUCUUUCUUUCUUUCUUUCUUUCUUUCUUUACAGCUUUCUUUCUUUCUUUUUUUCUUUUUUGCUUUCCUUCUUUCUUUCUUGUGUUAUUUCUUUCUUGCUUGACUGCUUUCUUUCUUUCUUUCUUUCUUCCUUUUUUGAUUUCUUUCUUUCUACAAAUUACAAGGCUUACGGCCAAAUCACAUUGGACCCGUGCAAUCAAUGUGUUACCUGUUUGUGUAUUCUUGUACCUAUCUAUCUAUCUAUCUAUCUAUCUAUCUAUCUAUCUAUCUAUCUAUCUAUCUCAGUCGGGUCAUUUCUAUCAAUCUAUUCCAGUCUGUUCAUAUCUAUCUAUCUAUCUAUCUAUCUAUCUCAGUCUGUUGUUAUCUAUCUAUAUCUAUCUAUCUAUCUAUCUAUCUCAUCUGUUCAUAUCUAUCUAUCUAUCUAUCUAUGCAUCUAUCUAUCUAUCUAUCUAUCUAUCUAUCUAUCUAUCUAUCUAUCUAUCUAUCUAUCUAUCUAUCUAUCUAUCUAUCUAUCUAUCUAUCUAUCUAUCUAUCUAUCUAUCUAUCUAUCUAUCUAUCUUAGUCUGGUCAUUUCUAUCUAUCCAUUUCUCACAGGUCAGGACCCAGACAAGAAACGAGACGAAUGA